CACUCGAUUCCUGUAUCCAGCUGAUCCCGAACUUGAUUGAGGUGGCAACUUUUAAUCAACUUGAACGGAAAAUCAAUUUUUUUUCGCAAAUGCGUGCCACAAUGGAACAUAAAGGGCUGCGGCAGAUAGUAAAGAACUAUAGUUAAAAUAAAAAAAAACACGUUAAACCAUGCCAAGCAGUCUACUGUUUGCCACUAGCAGCGAAGGGCGCGUGCACACGCUGUCCACCAGCUCAAGUGGAUGGCGCGAAUUUCCCUAUCUCGGUCUGGAGUUUAAGAAAAUCAGCGCAGUCCCAAAUUACAUGUGGGCCAUUGGUGGAGAUCGACAAGUAUAUGUUCAUGUGCACGGACUCGAUGUGCCCAUACGGGUAAAGGAGGAGUCGUAUGAGAACGAACGUUGGCUACCAAUCGAGGGAUUCUCGAAAACGCUGCUGCCCACCGACCGUUACAAAUACUCUAACGUUGAUGGCAGCGUCGAGAGAAGCGUGGACAAGAUACGCUUGCCCUCUAUGGCCUGGCAAUGGGACGGGGAUUGGCACUUGGACCUCGAACUCGAUGGUCAACAGCUGCCCGAAGAUGGGUGGAUGUAUGCUUUGGAUUUCCCAGCCUCCUACUCGGCGAAAAAGUCAUGGAACUCGUAUGUGCGUCGGCGGAAAUGGGUACGCUUUCGUCGCUAUGCCGCUCUCAAUAGCUGGUGUGCCGUUGCGCCACUGCACAAGGAUCCCACGCAGGAGCCAUUCAUCGAUGUGGCCAUCGGUGGCACACAGGUGCCUAAUGCACGCGCCGGCACCCUUUGUGUGUGGGCCAUUACUGCACAUGGCCGGGCCAUGUUUCGCACCGGUGUCACAGCCAACGCACCAGAGGGCUUGCGUUGGACGGCUAUCAGCACUCCCACGGGCAGUGAACUCUCCCAGAUAAGCGUGGGUCCAACUGGUCUGGUUUGGGCUGUGCUGUACAAUGGCCGAGUUAUCGUGCGUACGGGCAUCACACGCGAUAACCUGUCGGGUGAGUCGUGGCUGGAUGUGAAGUCACCCGUGGCGACGAGCUCACAAUCGGAUACGCCGCGUGGUCUGCGCAUUUUGCAGAUAUCGGUGGGCACCGAUGCAGUCUGGUGUAUUACAAAUGAUCAUCAUGCCUGGUUUCGACGGGGCAUCAAAGGUGAUGCAGCCGGAAUAAGUGAGGAUGCCGCUAUUGGCAGAGGCUGGGUGGAAAUGGUUGGCAAUUUAUCAAUGAUCUCUGUGGCUCCCAACGACCAGGUGUUUGCAAUUGGCGCUGCUGAUCGCGCUAUAUACUAUCGGUCUGGCGUCAGUGCAGCCGAUCCCACCGGUAAGAAGUGGCUGAAAAUCCAAUGCUCAAUGCAAAUCAGUCGCUCCUCCAGUUCCUUAUCGAUAGUUUCGCGCAAAAGUGGCGGUAGCAGCUCAACGCCUGGCUCAAAACAUCAAAGCUUCUCCAAUCUGUACUCCAAGGAGAAGGAGAAGGGCGUUGUGGAAACAUGCGCCGUCAUUGAAACGUUCACCACGCACAGCAACGCAUCCUCAAAUAACGGUCUAAAUAGCCGUUUGAAAAACGAUCGUUGGAAAUUGAACGCCGACUCGCCACCUACCAUUGGCAGCCUCAAUCUGAACGAGCGUCAGAAGAAUCGGGCGACAGCAUUGCGCGAGACAUCUUCGCAUGCCUCUAGCGCUCCAGCCGCCGACAUUGCUGAGAUAACUGGGAAAUUUGAAACACAACUGAAAAAUCCGCGUGCGUGGUCACCGGUGCGCAGUGUUGGAUCUGUUGUGGGCACUGAGGCGCAUCCGGAGAGUGAUUCGGCUGUGUUCGAAUCGGAGUCGGCACAUGGCUCGGAUGCAUUUCUGGGCGAAGAUGAUGAUCACAAUGGCUCACAGUUUUGGACAGAGUGUGCGGUCAUGUGGAGUUGCAUAGCUACGGGAGCUGUCACCGUGGAUGUGAACAACACACCCAACUGGUUUAACGAGCAUCUGUCCAAUGAUGGCAAAGCCGAUGCUAAUCCCAACUGGCGCAAUGAUCUAUUGGACAAGCUAAAGCAACGCCAGCAGAAAUUGGUAAAGUUGCAGCAGGAAACACACUACGAAAAGGCUGUCGAAAUGACAUCGUGGAUUAAAUCGGCGGACGCACGCUAUCAGCAUCCAGCUGGGGAGUAUGACGACUGCUCCAUUGAGCUGGAGUGGGUAAGCGGCAACGGUAGCGAUACAGACAGUGAUUCCGGCACAUUCUCGGUGCUUAGUUCGGAUGGUGCCGCAACCAAAAUACAAUUCGCUCUCUCCGACAUAACGUGUGUGCAGUGCUGCAGUGAACCGGGCGCACCACGUCUGGCCAUCCAUGCGGUUCAUCUGCCCAUCAAUUGCAGUCCGGUCAAACUGCAAUUCACCAGCGAUUCGGAAAUGGAAGACUGGCUAUCGCACCUGUCCUCCGUAUGCAGUCAAAUCAAUAUGUUGAUGGGCAAACCGGCCAGCAAUGCUAUUUGGCUGACCAGUGAACAGGGCGACGUAUUUGUCUUCGAUUCAGCCAACAUGAAGGCCCAACAACUGGAGAAGGCCGACGAUGGUCCGGCGCAUUAUGUCGAACGUAUGGAUGUGUCCACGUGUGAGACACCUUACUACAAUACCCUGUACAAUGGCAUGCCCUGCGGCAGUGAGUUGGAAAUAUCUGGUUGUGUCUACGAUGAUGCGGAUCAGAUUCGCUUCGAUUUGCAGUGCCAUUCGAAAAUUAAAGCGCUGCCGCAUCGUGUCGAGAAAUAUCGAGUGAUUGCCAUGCAUAUAAAUCCUCGUUUCAAUGAGCGCACAACUGUACUCAACUCCAUGAUGGAUUCGGAGUGGCUCGAAGAAAUACGUAAUGAUCGCAUGGUAUUUGCGCCCGGUGCCACCUUCACGGUAAAAAUUAAGGCUCUUGAGCACCACUAUCAGAUUGUGGUUAACCAUGCGCUCUAUGCGGACUACAAGUAUCGCGUGGAUCCGGCUGCCGUCACCUGUCUCUAUGUAAGCGGGCGUGUUAAACUCUUUAGUGUUGUCUAUCGUUCGCCCUCGCUGAUGGUAUCUAUGCAGCAAAUGCACUGGCGCCAGAUGGGCGGCCAUGUGAAGCGUGUUUAUAGCAGCGGCGUCGAUGUCGUCUGGGGAAUUUCGUGCGAUAAUACGGCCUGGGCAUAUAACGGCGGGUGGGGCGGCAUGUUUUUGAAGGGUUUGGAGGGUUCUGGCAAGAUAAACGCCAUGAUUGACACGCACAUCUACUAUGUGUACGAGAAUCAGCGCUGGAAUCCCAUCAGCGGCUUUACUGCCAAGAGCUUGCCCACCGAUCGCCAUAUGUGGAGCGAUGCCAGUGGGCGACAGAAGCGCAGCAAGGAGCACACCAAACUGCUGUCCACACACUGCGAGUGGAUAUCGGACUGGGCCAUCGACUAUAAUCUGCCCGGCGGCGCGGACAAGGAGGGCUGGCAAUAUGCCAUUGAUUUUCCGGCCACCUAUCAUGCCCACAAGAAACUGACCGAUUGUGUGCGCCGGCGUCGUUGGAUGAAGAAGUGUCGCCUCACCAGCAGUGGUCCCUGGCAGGAGCUCAGUCAUUCCAAGAUACUCGAUGCGUCAUUGCACGUGCUCGACUCGGAUGUGGACAGUGUUCUCAAUGUCGAGGAUAUGCCUGUUGCUGCCUGGGCCAUUGCCUCAAAUGGCGAUGUGCUGAUCAGACAUGGAGUUUCUACACUGAAUCCGCGCGGUGACAACUGGGAGCACAUUGUCAGCGAUCAGCCACUGAUUGGCAUCAGUGUGGGUCCGAUGGGUCAGGUCUGGGCAGUUGCUCGCAAUGGUAUGAUCUUCUAUCGGUAUGGCAUCAGCAAGCAGAAUCCCUGCGGCGACGCCUGGCAACAAGUGGAGGCGCCGACUGGCGUUACCUUUAAGGCCGUUAAUGUGGGUCGCGCCGGCAUCUGGGCGCUGGACAAUCAGCUGCGGCUAGCGGUGCGCAAGGAGGUAACGCACACAUUCCCCGAGGGAUCACAUUGGCAAUUUCUACCAAAUGCUGCCAAUGUGCCACCGCACACAGAAACCCACUGCGGUUUUCGUGCCGUAUCCGUGGGCAAGGAAGUCUGGGCCAUUUCCCUAAAUGGCGUCAUUUGCCGACGGUGUGGCAUAACCAAUGAGAAUCCAGCCGGAGCCGGUUGGAACUUGGGGAUCUCGGGUCAAUGGAAGCAUCUAUCCGUGGAGGGUUAUAUGUAACCACAAUGCAUUCCGUGUUUUCAGUAUUCAUAUGUAUAUCCUGCAUAGUAAUACUCUGCAAGAGUAUCUUAUUGUUAAAAUAACUUAAACGUUCCGCGAAAUUUACAGCCAUGAAAUUGAAGAACGCCAGCAGGUGGAGUAGCCAAAAACCCAAUUAUAAAAUCAACUUACAAUUAUUGAUAAUAUGUGUUAGUUUCAAGCUAAGUGCAGGGUAUAUUAAUCACUUGACUGCAAAGUUCUUCCUUUUUUAUAAAGACAAAAAAAACAGCUUAAAGAUAGCUUUGUUGUAUUGAACGUAAUUUCGAUUCCUAUUUGUUUGUAUAAUUUGAUUAAUUAUAAUGUAUUUAUUUUGAAGACUAGUACGUCUUUGUCUGCCGCUUAUGAUCUGUUUAAUAUUUAGUUAAGUAAUUAUUUAUAUAUAAAUAUAUUAAAUGCAUAUUACGUACAAAUA